UGCGCACCCUCAACCAAAAACCCCCAUGGAAAUGGAGCAAUCUUCGGGCUCCGAUCAUCACCCGGCCCCCUUCUUCCCGUGGGACCUCCUCCCCUUCGCCCUCCAAGAAUCCAUCCUCUCCCUCCUCCCCGUCUCCACCCUCGCCCUCUGCCAGUCCGUCUCCCGCUCCUGGCGCUCCACCAUCCGCUCACCCACCUUCCUCUCCUCCCUCCGCCGCCGCCGCCGCCACGCCGACGACCUCUACCUCAUCCUAUUCACCGACAACUUCUCCCGCGCCGCCGCCUACCGCCCCUCCGGCGACCGCUGGCUCACCCUCGCUCUCCCCCCCUCCCUCUUCUCCCCCCUCGCCUCCGCAGGCGGCCUCGUCGUGGCCGAGGACGACUGCGGCCGCCUCGCCGUCUACGACCUCUUCUCCGGUGCCUCCCUCGCCCUCCUUCCUAACAUGGCGAGCGUUCUCCAACCCUACGCCCUCGCUCUCAUCGAUGAAUUCCCCUGGCCCCAUUACACGAUCGUCGCCGUCAGCACCGGCGAUCGCGUCUAUUCACAGGUCUUCGACUCCCGUUCUGGCCGGUGGGAGCUCAAGGGUCAGUUCCCCGGCCGAUUCGCCGUCCUCGGCAAUGCCGUGUUAUUGGAUGGCCUACUGCUCGUCCUCAGCCAAGGGCCCGAUCAUCUAUUGACCUUCGAUCCGAUCGGCGGCGAUUGGAACCUCAUAGACGUGGCGAUGCCGCCGGUUGUUUGUUCCCAUAUCUUUGAUCUUGAACAUUGUUUGUUCUUGGUUGGGGGCCUGGAGGAGGUGGGAUGCAUGGCUAGGGUUGGGAUUUGGGAGCUCGAUUGGCCAAAGAAAGAAUGGAGGUUGAUCUGCUUCAUGCCUGAUGGAUUUUUCAGAAAAUUUGGAGGUCGCAGGCUCGAUCAUUUCGAGACGGUAGCUCGGAGGGGGAUUGUUUGUUUCUACAACACUCUAGAUGCUGCUGUGUUAAUGUUUGAUUUGCCUGCAAGGAGGUGGUGGUGGCCGCCGCCGUGUGAUGUAAUCACUAGGAGCAGAAUGUUUUGGUUUGGGCAUGCGAUAGAGCCUCGUAUCGAUCUGUUGAAAGGAUCCAGUGGAAGGUAAACAGAUGACAAGGGGUAAUAUUUCUUGGGAAUUAUCUCCUUUGUUCUUCAGGAGGUUGUAAUUAUUUGACCUCAUACAAAAAAGGAAAGAUUAUUCUAUAUUUUAUCAUUUUCUUAAUUUUUU